AUGAAAUCUUUAUCCAUUCUUCCUAUGCCGCAUUCAUUUCUCAAAUAUGAUAAUGUCUCUCCCAUUCUUGCAAUAAAACCUAUUUCUGAUUUUGAUACAAAAUAUGAAUCCAAUUGUGACAAUGAAGAAAACAUUGAUGAAAAUUAUGAGUUCAGUUUUGCAUGCAUCAAACAUGAAGGACCGUUUGUCUUUGCUGAUGAGAUAUUUGAUAAUGGCCAGAUUCGACCAACCUACCAUGCAUUUGACCAAUCUCUUAUUUUUACCAUCACACACGACAAAGAAACCUCACCACUUCAAUCUCCAUUGAGGAAGCUCUUUGUUGAGCAAGUUAAUAGUUUUUCCUCAAAUUCAAAAGUAUGUUCCAAUGAUACAUUACAAAAUAUGACGAUGGUAGAAGUGGAUGUGUCAAAUCAUCAGUGCAAAAAGAGCAAUUCCACAGGAUUCUCAACAAAAUGGAGAUUUAAGAAAAAUUUGAAGCUACGAAGCAAUAGUGAUGGUAAGGAUGCUUUUGUUUUCUUGAAUCCUUCGUUGACAAUGUCGAUGAGGUCCAAAGAGGCAAAGAAGAAAAAUGUUGUUUUGAAGAACAAAAAGGGUGAAAAAGUCAAAACAGCUUUGUCACCUCAUGAGAAAUUUUACGUGUCAAAUAGAAAACGAAAGGAAAGUAUUAGACGAAAGUCAUUUUUGCCUUAUAGACAGGGGUUAAUAGGAUUUUUUACCAAUGUAAAUAGAUUUCGUAGAAACCCUAAUCCUUUUUGA